GAUAUAAAAACAAAUAUUAAUUUACAAACCAAACGUAUUUAUUUAUUAUAUAAAUUUAAUAAGCUCAUUGAACAACUCAUUUUUUACAAGCUAGGAAGAUAACUAUUAGCUUAUACAGAUAGAUUUAUUUUUUUCCAUAUUAUAGAAUAGGCAAUUAGUUAUAUAAAUAUUUUUGGUAUUUGUUUUAGUAGCGCAACUAACUAUAAUAUGAGAUCUAGAUCAAAUAAAGUUUCGCCAGGAUAAAUUAGAGUUUCAGCUGGAAUAUAAUCAAUUUCAAAUACAAGAAAUGGAUAAUCUUCUACACGCAGUAAUAAUGGAAAUAAUUAAAUAUUAAUGAGCAAUUUAGCUGCAAAUGGUAUAAAUAAUUAGCAAUAGUAACAAUAAUUAUAGAUUAGUAACGGAUAUAUGAGUCAUAAUAAUAGCAUAAAUAAUGGAAUGAAUGGUACUUUUAAUGCAAACGGAUAGCAUAUUAUAGCAGAAUCAAGGAGUCAACAAAGUUCUCCAUUAAACACUCCUAAAAAAAAUGGUAGCCAUUUGGGAUUUAAAAAACUUAUUAGUGGCACAGUGCCCGUAAAUUAUCAUUAAUAAGGAAUUAAUUCUGGUAUGAAUGGUAAUAAUAACAAUGGAGUUGGUUAAUCAAAUACAUUGAAUAUAUAGUAGAACUCUGUAAAUAGCGUUAAUCAAAAUAACAGUUUCUAGUUUGGAAGUUAUUAAAAUGGUGACAGUUUAAAAAGUAAAUCAACCUCAAUCUAAAAAAAGUAAAAUAGCAAUAGCAACAAUAACAUCAACAGCAACGGAUAAAAUAAUAAUUUCAAUCAAAAUAAUAAUUUAUAACCAAUAAAUUCGCGUCCCUCGACUGGCAGAGGCUAACCAAAAAAAGAUUUAUAGAUUCAAUUAGGUUUUGAUAAUAUGGAUUUAAUUACUAAUGGAGGAAAUGCUAGCGCUUCUAAUGGAUAAUAUGAAAAUACUUCAGAAGGCACAAAUGCUAUUUUAUCAGCUAAAAAUUCCAACUAUUCUAAUUCAGUUACGCCUACAAUUAUUAAUGGAUCAAGUAAUCCAAACUCUAAUAUAGUAAAUAAUUAUAUCAAUAACCGUUCUCUCAAUAAGCCCUACUAAAGCGCUCAUAGAAGAAUGACUCCAAACAGACUAACCGGAAUAGAUAAAAUAUAGUUGCCGACACCUCAAUCUUCUUCAAGAAAUAGCUCUCCCUACUGGAAUAGUAUGUCAAACAAUUCAGCUCGUCAUAGAAAAUAAUAAUAAUCUCUGAUUAACAAAAGUUACAAUGGUAACAAAGAAAAUAAUUAAUAUCUUGAAGGUUAAUAAAUUAUACUAUCAAGCCAACAAUAAAAUAACAACCAGCUAAAUUUAGCGAAUGGUGCUCAACCAAGCGGAUAAACUUAAUUUAUGAGAAUUAACAACAAGAGUCCUAUUAACAGUGCAAGAUCUAGCAGUUAUAAUAAUAAUAAUAAUAUUAACAACAACAAUAAUUAAGUUUAGAAUAAUGGAUAAACUAAUGGGUAACAGUAAAGCAAUUAAACAUAAUUCGAAAGGUCUAAUCACUCACCUUUGAUAAGUAAACUUUUAAUCAUUCCAAACAGCACAAGAUCAUCUAGCUCUAACAAUAAUAAUCGAAACAAAAGUGGGAGGAGUAUUUUAAAAUAGAGACAAAUAGGUAUUAUGAAUAAUAAUAGCUUUAAUGGAGCAGAAGAUAAUCCAAAAGCAAGUGCUGAAUCUACUAGAAAUAGUGGUGAUUAUAAUUAAAAUAAUAUUACGAACAAUAUAAGUAAUGGACAUAAUGUAAAUUACUUUUAAAACUCUUAAACAGUUCGUCAGAGCCAUGCAAAAAGUACUUAAAAAGAAAAAUCUUCACAAAAUACUUCUUACAAUACAAAUAAUGAAGAGAGAUUGAAUAUGCCACUUAUCAACCCUUUACAGUAAAUACCAAAUAAUCAAUAAUAAUAUAAUCCAUUAAACUAAUUAAAUAAUAAGUUAAACAACAUUCACACUAACGAGUUUCUUUAAAACACUUAACAAGCUGUUUAGCAAUAGCAAUAGCAACAAUAAGAAUAUGAAUAAAAUCCUUCUGGCUCAAAUAGCUAAAAUAACAGUAAUGUGAAUUAAAAUUAAAAUUAGCAAUAGCCUUAAAAUACAGCUAAUCCUGAAUAAUAAACACAACCAAACAAAGGGGUAUUAAACAUGAAGUAUUCAUUUAGGACAAGAAAAGGAUUUAUGCCUAACAAUCCUAAUAAGGUUAAUUAAGACACCUAUAUCAUACACUAAAAUAUAAAUAAAAAACCUUGGUAGCAUUUCUAUUCAGUGUGUGAUGGACACGGAGUAUUUGGCCAUGAUGUUUCAGGUUUUCUAAAAAGAUUAUUACCUUUACUAUUCAGCGAAUAAAGUGACAGGCUCGAACAAGAUCCUAGAAAAGUUUUAAAUGAAAUAUAUGAAGAGGCUAAUGAGAAGUUAAAUUAUGAAAGCAACAUAGAUAUCUUAUUUAGUGGUAGUACAGUUGUCUCAGUAUAUUUUCAUAAAAAUAGCAUAUUUUGCGCAAAUAUCGGAGAUUCCCGUGCUAUCCUUGGUAAAAAAAAUACACAAGAUAAAUGGUCAGUAAUUCCCCUCUCUAGAGAUCAUAAGCCUAGUGACAGCGAAGAAGCAUAAAGAAUCAUAGCUGAAAAUGGCCGAAUUGAGGCAUUCAAAGAUUAGGAAGGAAAACCUAUAGGUCCAACAAGGGUUUGGCUUAAAAAUGAAAAUGUUCCAGGUUUAGCUAUGACCAGAAGUAUGGGUGAUACAGUAGCCGAAAGUGUUGGAGUCACUUGGAGGCCUGAAAUAAUUGAAUAUGAGUUAAGCUAUAAUGAUAAAAUAUUAGUGCUAGCUAGUGAUGGUGUUUGGGAAUUUAUAGAUAAUAAAGAAAUAAUCAAAAUGAUUGCUCCUUACUAUUAAAGAAAUGACAUAGAAGGAGCUUGUGAGUGUCUCCUUUAAGAAGCCCAUUUACGUUGGACAAGAGAAUGUAAUGUAAUAGAUGACAUCUCAUUUAUUAUAAUCUUUAUGAAUAUGUGA